UGAAUUAUAUGCUCCACUGUCUAUUGCGUCCUCCGCCUUCUUCACCCCAACAAAACAGAACCCUACUUCAGGGAAUCUGUUCUGCAACUGCACCUAAGAGCAGCAGUGAACUGGACUGUCUCUUACGCGCCGCCUCUGAUCUGGCCAUGUCAUCGCGCGGUGGGUCCCAUCUGGGCUCUUAUACCUUCCUUCCAAAUCCGAUCCUCUAGUGUCUUGAUCGCCGAACACCAGCAAAAACAUGGCCCACAACUCCAAGGAAGAGCCCAAGACCGCCCCUCAAUCUGAUCGAUGGUACAAUCUAACCCUAGGUCCUUCCUUUAAAGAAGACGCCUCCAAUAAUAAGUACUGCACUCUGCGAUAUGAAUUUAAGCCGGCUUCUAUUGAUAAGACUAAGCCUGGAUCACUGCAUAAGAAUAAGGAGAAUAGGGUAUCUGUGGAGUUUCAGAACAUUCAACAGGGAAAGCCUAAAGUCGCAUUUGAAGGUAGCAGCGAGGAUUACAAAGAAAACGAUGCAGUUUUGUUUUUUGACGGCGAGACGUUCCGGUUGGAGCGGCUUCAUCGGGCCGUGAAGCAGCUCCGCCUCCUUCGACAACCCGGUGAAUCUGCUGCUGCUCAAUCGGGACCCGUCAUUGAGCCUCGGUUAUCUCCAGUUGGGAAGGGUGUGAAACCAAUGAAUGUGGGGAAAACCACAGCUUUUCCUCCUGUGCCGGUUGAGGUGGAACGUAUUGAUGUUGGUGAACCACAAUUUCCAGGUACAAAAGUUGCAAGCAAGGGGAUUCCUGGGCAAUUUGAUCCACCAAAUAUAUCCACUUUGUCUCCGAGUCCCAAGAAUGAUGAAGCUGAAGAUCAUCAAGAUAUAGAUAUUGAAGACAUAUUUGGCUCUAGUUCACCUUUUGAUAAUGCAGCCGAACAAAAAGGCGAUGCUGGAUGUGAUAUCAAUGCACGACAUCAAAAUGAUACUGAUGAUGAGAUUGCUGAUGUGGAUGAUAGUGGUGAUGAGGUAGAUAAGGGGCGCAAUGCUGCAGAAGCCCUUAGAGCCCAGGUCAAUGCAGAGGAGCGGGGUGAGCAGACUUCAAGUUCUAGCAGCAGCAGUGGUAGUGGAAGCAGUGGAAGUGGAAGUGGUAGUGGGAGCAGCAGUAGCAGUGACAGUGAAGGCAGUGAUGAAGAUUCCGUUAACUCUAUUUGAGUGUUUGAACAACUCUGAGAAAGAGUAACAAAAUUGGUAUCUAGAAGAUUUUCCUCUCUUACAGAAGAAGCCAUCCUUUUUUUAGGGGGAGGGCUUUUUGCCUAUAAACACAUUAUCGUUUGCAAAUAAUUUAGCCAUGUUGGAUGUCAAACAUCAGAAGAUGUCUUGUAUUGUUUUAAUACGAAGAGCACAGUAUGAGACUGCCUCUGGAUGAGAAAAGAAAUUUUCCAGAGUGAUUUUGGUGUUUUCUGGUAGAAGAUGGAAGGGUUGUGUGCCAAAUGGUAUGGAAUGGGGGAGAGGUAUAUGGACAAUAUUGGUUAUAAUUUUGUGUUUGAAAAUUUAUUUUCUUGGCUCAAGAAAGUGUUUGGUCUUUUAUUUUUUAUUCAGCUCUCAUCAACUGCUAUAUUGGCAAACUGUCUGUAUUCAGUUGAAUAUAUAUAUGCUCAUCCAGCUUAUCAACAGCCAUGUGGGAUCUUUCUUAAAUAAGUAAAUAAAAGCCAUAUCGGAUUUGAUAUUUUGCUUGGACA